GGGCACCAUGCAGUGCAAGGCGUACACUGAUCGACAUCCGGUCACAUCCACCCAAGCGUAGUGGCACGAUUUGUCUAUUGGCUCCCCGUCGCGUAGCGUCCCGAUCGCGGCCUAUUUAAGCCCGCUUUGCCUACCCCGUCCAACGUUUCCCUCCCCUCCAUUCCACUUUACUUAGCACAAGCACAGCCCAGGAGGACCUAGCGAUAGCUAAGCUAGCCUGCUGGCCACGGUGCGUGCACGCGCUCGACCUCACCAUGCUGGAGAAUCAGAGCCAGGCGGAGGUUCUGUGGCCGAGGCUGGUGGCCAACAAGCUCUUCAGGAAGCCCUCCGGGAGCCACGCCUUCGUCGCCGACUUCCCGGCGGCCGCCGGCGCCGCGGAGGAGGAGUUCGACGGGUGCGGCAGCCCCGACGCCGACGCGCAGCGCUGCGUGAAGCGCCCGCGGCCGCAGCAGCGGAACAAGACGCUCAAGUACAGGCUGUUCGCGAGCACGUGGAACGUCGGCGGCGUGGCGCCACCGGACGACCUCGACCUGUCCGACUGGCUCGACACCAGGAACGGCACCUACGACAUCUACGUCCUCGGAUUUCAGGAGGUGGUGCCGCUGAGAGCGCGGAACGUGCUGGGCGCGGACAAGAACCGCAUCGGCAUGCGGUGGAACGAGCUGGUGCGGGCCGCGCUGAACCGGUCGUCGCCGUCGCCGUCGCCGGGCGCCACCGGGGGAGGGGAGAAGCAGAAGGUGCACCCGGUGAGGGACGGCGCCGGCGGCCUGCAGUCGCGUGACUUCCGGUGCGUGGUGAGCAAGCAGAUGGUGGGCAUCCUGCUCACCGUCUGGGUCCGCGGCGACCUCCGCCGCUUCGUCCGCCGCCCCAGCGUCUCCUGCGUCGGCUGCGGCGUCAUGGGCUGCCUCGGCAACAAGGGCGCCGUGUCCGUGAGGUUUUGGCUGCGUGACACGAGCUUCUGCUUCGUGUGCUGCCACCUCGCGUCCGGCGGCAGGGAGGGCGACGAGGCGCACCGCAACGCCGACGCCGCGGAGAUCCUCCGGCGGACGAGCUUCCCGCGGCGCCACUGCUCCUCCUCCUCCCCGUCACUCGCCACGCCCCACAAGAUUCUAGAUCACGACCGGGUGAUCCUGCUUGGCGACCUCAACUAUCGGAUCUCCCUGCCCGAGGCCAAGACGAGGCUGCUGGUGGAGCGGCACGACUGGAAGACGCUCCUGGACAACGACCAGCUGCGGGGCGAGGUGUCGUCGGAAGGAGGGACGUUCAACGGGUGGAACGAGGGGGCGAUCACGUUCUCGCCGACGUACAAGUACCACCGGAACUCGGACGCCUACUACGGCUGCGCGCAGCUGGGGAGUAAGGGCGACAAGCUGAAGCGGCGCGCGCCGGCGUGGUGCGACCGCGUGCUGUGGCGCGGCGCGGGCCUGAGGCAGACCCGGUACGACCGGUGCGAGUCGCGGCUGUCGGACCACCGCCCCGUGCGCGCCGCCUUCGCCGUCGAGGUGGACGCGCCGUGGAACCUCAACUCCCUCCGGAGCUUCUUCCUGUCCGAGCGGUUCGACGACCGGGCCAAGGGCCCGGCCGACGGCCUGUUCCUGCUCCGGGAGGACGACCACACGGCCGCCAGCGCCAGAUACGCCGAGGAUGUUUGAGCCUUUGAGACAUGCAAUGGCUGUGCACAAACAAAAGAGAGUACAUAAAAUCAUUUUCGUCGAUAGUACGUACAGUAGUAAAGAUCCAUCCUCCAUCUGUUCUGUUUCUUCUGAUCAGAGUGUCCAUACAUGUCUACAGCACAAGCUAGGAUACGGACGCAAUUUUUCCCCACACCCUGUCCCUGACUUCCUGUAAAUUACAGUACAGUAGUACAGUAGAUCGCACUCUUGUUGAUGCAGUGAGAGUUGUCCCGACCCGAAACUUGUUUGGCCGGACUAGCGACGAGUUGUCGCUGCUAAAUCCUGCGAGGAAAUAUGGGACUUUGUCGCCAUGAGCAACCUUCAUAUA